AUGAAUAAUUCUGUAUUUGUAAAGACAAUAGAAAAUGUCCGAAAGCGUGUUGAUGUGAGGCUUGUCACGAAUGAAAAAAAGCUUUUGGAAAUAGCUUUAAAACCAACUUUUGUUAGCAGUAACAUAUUCAAGGAAAAUUUAGUCGCUGUUCAUAAAACCAAAGAAAAAUUACAGCUUUUAAAGCCAGCAUAUGUGGGAAUGUGCAUUUUUGAUUUAUCAAAGACUCUGUACGUUUUCCACUACAAUCAUAUUAAAAACAAAUAUGGAGACAAAGCCAGAUUAUUAUUCACCGACACAGGCAGUUUGACAUAUGAGAUUGAAGCAGAGUAUGUCUAUAGAGAG